GGCAGUGGGUGACUCGUUGACUGCGGCGACGGUAAUGUGGGCAACAUGGGAGACGCAGUGGGAUUUACAGUGAGCGGUCUGUGAGGAGCGUCGGGAACAUGGCGGAGAGGUUGGAGUGGGUGGAGAUCAUCGAGCCGCGCACGCGGGAGCGCAUGUAUGCCAACCUGUUGACGGGAGAGUGUGUUUGGGACCCUCCACAAGGGGUUUGCAUCAAGCGGACUGGUGAGAAUCAGUGGUGGGAGCUAUUUGACCCCAAUACCUCGCGCUUCUACUAUUACAACGCCUCCACCCAGCGCACAGUUUGGCACCGACCCCAGGCCUGUGACAUCAUCCCCCUGGCAAAGCUGCAGACCCUGAAGCAGCACACUGAUGCUACCAACCCCCGUCCUGCAGGAGGAGGAGGAGGAGGGCGAGCGUCAGCAGACAACAGCCCGGGACGGAACAGUGGUGUCAGCCGAGAGGGAAGCACUUCCUCUUCCCUGGAUCAGGAGCUGUCUGAAAAACAGGGCAACAGAGAGGAGGCAGACAGGACUUCUCCCUUCAGGUGGAACACUGGUACGAAGGAGCGAAUGCUGAUCAAGGUGACAGACAGAGAGCCCAGUUUUUUGGCCCACCAAGGAAAUGGUUACUCCCCCUGUGACCCCCCCACCCCUUGCGCUCCUUCUGGAGGGGGCACCACCUCACGAACACGGCGCUCCUCUGGAGGAAACCCACCCUCAGAGCCUGAUGGCUCCCCUGUUCUCUAUGCUGAUCGCCGUCAGUCUCCCUUCUUGAAGCGUGCUGAGCUUGGCGGAACCGGCACCCACCGCCGCUCCUCAGCUGAUUCCCAGCCUCCCUCGCCUCGCUAUGCCUAUGAACCCCCAUUGUAUGAGGAGCCGCCAUCGGAGUACCAGCCCCCUCCUAUCUACGAGGAGCCACCCACUGACAUGCAGCUCUCUGACUCCUCUUCCUUCUAUGGUACUGGCAAGUCACCAGCUCGCAAGUCUUCAGCCCCCCUCUAUCACUCCCCCAAACAGGGCCAGUCGCCCUAUGGCCAGCUGGUUCUGACCAGGCAAAAGUGUCCAGAAAAGACCCAAAGUCUGGAGUACAGUCCUGUGGGGAAGGAGUAUGUUAAACAGCUGGUCUACGUGGAGCAGUCAUCUUCCAGUCCUCGCUUCAAGACUGCUGACCGCCUGCUCCGUUAUGGCACUACUGGGGGCUAUGGUGGCUCAUAUGGGGGGUCCUAUACUCUGCAGCACAGCCAGUCUCUGAUCAGGGACCCCCGCCUACUGCUGGAUUACAGUGGGGAGGGUGGAGAGGGAGGUCAGAGGUUGCUUUAUGAGGACUCCAUAUCCUGGACGACCGGCCAGACCCACUCCCUAUCCUCUUCCUCCACAGGUGGUCCUGGGGCUUUCUCUCCAGCAGGAAACCGCAAACGCAAGAGUCGAAAGCCAUCCCUCCCUCAGGAGUUGGCAUACUGUGGGGGCCCAGAGGGGGAGCUAACAGGCACAGCAUCUGAAGCGAUGCUAGCCCAGGCAAGGCUUGCAUGGGAGGCCCAGCAGGUGAUGAAACAGAGAAGCAGUUGGGACUCAGGCCAGGGAGGUGGGGUUGCCCAAGGUGGUAGCUCCAAAGAUGGUUAUGAGAGCGAUGGGGCGGUUCCUAUGCCAUUACCGGGGCCAGUGGUGAGGGCAUUCAGCGAGGAUGAGGCACUAGCACAGAGUGACAGCCACCACUGGAAACGCAGCACCUUUGACCGGCUAGGCUUCCCCCAGGCCCUGCUGGAGAAAAGCCUCUCUGUCCAGACCAACCUGGCCUCUCCUGAGCCUUAUCUCCACCCAUCACAGUCGGAGGACCUCGGAGCCUGUGCCCAGUUUGAGGCCAGUCGAAAUGCCAGGAAUAUGAUGCCGAGUGCCAGCUGCGGCAUCUUCCCAGAAUUUACCCUGAGGAAGCCCUCCUCUGAGACUGACAUCGAGAACUGGGCAUCUAAGCACUUCAACAAACACACACAGGGUCUGUUUAGAAGAAAAGUUUCCAUUGCCAAUAUGCUGGCCUGGAGCAGUGAGCCCAUCAAGAAGCCAAUGAUUGUGACCUCAGAUCGCACAGUUAAGAAGGAGGCAGUGGACAUUUUUAAGCUCAUCCAAACCUACAUGGGGGACCGUCGCUCAAAGGUUGACCCCCUCUCUGUGGCUCUGGAGGUGGUGGUGCGUGGGUGGAGUAACCAGGGCCUGCGUGAUGAGCUUUACAUCCAGCUUUGUCGUCAAACCACAGAGAACUUCCGCUAUGAUAGCCUGGAACGAGGCUGGGAGCUGAUGGCCAUCUCUCUGGCCUUUUUCCCUCCCACGCCCCGCUUCCACAACUACCUGGAGGGCUACAUCUACCGGCACAUGGACCCACUCAACGACACCAAGGGAGUGGCCAUCAGCAGCUACGCUAAAUACUGUUACAGGAAACUGACUAAAGCUGCACUGACUGGAGCCAAGAAGGGCCUGCAAAAGCCCUGUCUAGAGGAGAUCAUGCAUGCCAGAAAUGCCAUCUUCAGUCCCUCCAUGUUUAGUUCCUCGCUGGAGGAGGUGAUGGCCCUGCAGAAGGAGCGGUAUCCAGACAGCCAGCUGCCUUGGGUGCAGACUCGCCUCUCUGAGGAGGUUCUGGGUCUUAAUGGGGACCAGACAGAAGGCAUCUUCAGAGUACCAGGUGACAUUGAUGAAGUCAAUGCCCUCAAGCUGCAAGUGGAUCAGUGGAAAAUCCCCACAGGACUGGAAGACCCACACAUCCCAGCAUCCCUGCUGAAGCUUUGGUACAGGGAGCUGGAGGAGCCACUGAUCCCUCACGAGUUUUAUGACGAGUGUAUCAGUCACUAUGACAACCCAGAGGCAGCAAUCAAUGUGGUGCUGGGUCUGCCACACAUCAACAAACUGGUGCUCUGCUACCUCAUCCGCUUCCUACAGGUGUUUGCUCAGCCUGCCAAUGUGGUCAUCACCAAGAUGGAUGUGAACAACCUUGCAAUGGUCAUGGCUCCCAACUGUCUGCGCUGCCAGUCCGAUGACCCCAGGAUCAUCUUUGAGAAUACUCGCAAGGAGAUGUCCUUCAUCCGUGUGCUCAUCCAGCGGCUGGACACCAGCUUCAUGGAUGGAAUCCUAUAGCCCCCCUACCACCACCACUGCCUCUAUACACACACACACACACUUCACUCCCACCCUUCUCUUCACUCCCUUUAACCCCCUCCAUGACAGGCUCCAUGCUCUCCCCCAGCACAGGGACAUCAUACAUUCAUUCUGCUGCUGGGUGAAUACCUCACAUCUCCAACAUGUUUACUUUCCUAGAACUAACUCAACUGAUCUGACUCUGUCCUCUGUACAUUUUGAGGUGAACCAGCUGUUUUUCUUUUUCUGCCAGUAUUAGAGUUACAAGGUUUUCAUAUAGUACUGUGUGUGCCUUCACAUGCACUAAUCGACUGUACACAUAGAAUAUGAAGGAAUCAGCAGGGAUCUCAUCAUGUCAUCGGAGUCAUUUUAAAUCCAACUCAUUAGUGUUAAAUGAACUGGGGUUUGUCUUUGUUUCUCCUGCUCACACACACACAGUCAUACUGACAUGCACACACACACACACACACACACACAUAUACAGUACAUGCACACACACACACAUAUAUACAGUACAUGCACACAUGUCCAGCCCCAGGAUUUCACACCCUCUUGUAAACAACACCAUCCGACACAGAGCAGGAAUUCUGCCUCUGUCCCACACUGGCUGAACAACACAUCCAGCACCAGAUUUUAACAACCAGUUCCAUCACUGUCUCAUGAUGUCAGAUUGCUGUUAGAUUCUCAGACUGAGAGGUGAUGCUGUGACCAACGUGUUUUCAGAGGUAGCAAACAGAACUUUUCACACUGCCAGGGUAGGAGCUUAAAACUCUUUACUGCGGCACACUGGCGCUGCUUCCACGGGACAGACAGUGAGAGAGAAGAGUGAACCUCACUCAUUCUGUUAAAGGAGUGCGAGUGUCGAUAAAGACAGUGAUACUGUGAGAGUUGGCCUCUUAGCCAUCAAGUGACGAGAACAUGGACACUCAAUCACCCAGAGUUGUGUCACAGUGUCCACGGUGUUGGACAGAUACAUUAUUAUAGACUGUGUCUCAGUUGUUUGUACAUUGAACACAUUUUAGUUUGAAGUUAAGUUAGUGAACAGUGUCACUCAGUGUGCUUCAUGGCUGAUGGUGAUCACUGACUACUGACGCUACUUUACACAGGCUCCCUGAAGGUCUUCAAAACCUCUGGAUUUACCUCAUAUUGAUUUAAAUGUCAUCUCAAAACGUAUCAUAUUCUCUCCUCACUGCUGUAGGUACUAAUGUCAGGUAUUAAAUGCUCUGUCUUUAUAUAGCGCUCUUCUAGUCUUGAUGACCACACAAAGCUCAUUUAACUACAGUUGAGCCAUUCACACAGUGCAUCUAUUUGCAGUACUUUCUCAAAAACUCAUCACUUACACACUGCCCGCACAGCCGUCCAAAGGGUUCCUGUAUUGUUACACACUAAAAAACAGACUGAGGCCACAGUGGACUGUGUGCACUAGGUGGCUGUGCACUGACCUCUCUGUCAGUUAAAGGACAGUUAAGGUUCACCAUCUUGUAAAGCAACUUAUUGGAAUGAAUCACUUAAUUUUAGGAUGCUUCUCCUGGUCUGCUUUACAUUGAUAUAUAUUAUUAAAUUAUUAGUUACUGGUAUAAAUAAUUAUGUAUUGGGAAAAUUAAAUAAUAAUAAUAAAUAUUUGUAGACCACAUUGUUCCCAUCAAUUUUCCAUCACACAUCAUACUUUAGUGCAUACGUUCUAUCCUGCACAGAGCCUGUUCACACUAAUGUAAACAUUGUACUAAUACCUUUCACAUACACAUCCACACAACACAUAGAAAUGUGCAACAGGCUGUGUUGCAGUCAGAGGCUGUUGAUAGGCUCCAUGCUGACAGUUUCACACUGAAUCAUAUUGUAUGCUGUGCAAUCAGUCGGACUGCUGAAACUUGAACUUGAAGAAGUUUCUCACUGUGAGUCAGUGUCUCAUCAGUGUAAUUAACAGGUAUUUAAACAUGAGUGGCUUUAAUCUGGUUGUAACUGUUAACAAAGGAACUCUGAGGUUAACGCCUCUGCAUGGUGAUGGUUGGGUUUCCCGGUGUUCUUUUUCCCCAAUUCUGUCCAACUGACAUGAAUGCAGCAUCACUAUGGCCACAAGUGACAAUCAACACAUGUGACACAAGCAGAGAGAAUCCAUGAUGUCAUCACAGAACAAGUCACACAAACACUUCAAUCAUCUGUUGUGUGGUGUCCAUGUUCUAAUCACUUAACAUGGUGGUAGGUAGUCAUGUGACACGGACCGCUCCAAGACCCCACGGUGUUGAGGUCAUCCGACUGCAGACAGAGAAACAGUCACUCACCUUAGCUCCAUGACAGGGGACAGGUGGCUGGUCCACGGUUCUGCUCUCAAAACAAACCACAGUUCACAGCAGGAAGGCUGAGAGCAGCACUGCCACUGAGCAUGCUCUCCCCCAUCCUCCCACCCUCCUCUCCUCCAUCCUUCUAUCUCCCCUCCAUCCACCACCUCACCUGAUCUGACAGCAGGGCGUCGGUCCACCCACUCACUGAGGGACAGUCCUUUCUGCUCACUAAUGCUUUGUGAAUGCAUGUAGCUGUGGGCGUGCUUGUCUGUCCUCCUGUCUCAUUGUUUACACAAUCGGCUUGUCUCUCAC